ACAAGAAAUGAACUUAAAAUAUUCAGGACCAUGACUGAUCGCUGACACCCUACACUUAACCAACAGCGUCAUCUUAACCUGCAGUAGUUGAUCAGUUCUGACAUUCCAGACAUUCCUGUAGCACGGUUACCAUAGCAACCCUGUAAUGCCGCUAUCCGCUGCCCUUCUUCAGAGACUGAAAGCUAAGGGUGUCAAGUCCGUCGUUGAGGAGGAACCACAGGAUGACGGGUGGGAAUGUCCGAACAUUUGGAACAAGUUUCACUCUUGUAGCGACUGGUGCAAAAAUAACUGGAAAUCCAAGAACCAAAAACAGCUGGUAAUAGAAGAGAUAUUUGAUAAGAUACCGACCUGUUGGAGACUAGUUCCGGACGAGGAGACGGGUUACUGUUACUUCUGGAACACUAACACUAACGUAGUACAGUGGAGGUGCCCUGUUUUGCUCGACAAGGAUGCAGCUAAGUCAGCACCAGCUUACCAGCUGGAGGCAAGUGAUAAACCACGUGAUACGCUGAGCGACAUCCCACGUGACAAUGCACGUGCUCCCCCGCCUCAUUUACAGAUGCCAACUGUUGACGAGGUUCCCACACCUCAGACCCAGGGUCGUAAGGAACAGCGGAAGACAGAGUCGAGACGUUACAAGCCGCCUAGAGGAGAGGACGAGAUAGAUCCUAUGGACCCUUCUUCCUACUCAGACGCUCCUAAGGGAGACUGGGGACGGGGGCUACCAAAGCAAGGUGACGCUAAGACAGGGGUAGACGUGACGGCUAAUGGGCCCCUAUUCCAACAGAGGCCCUACCCUGCUCCUGGGGCCAUACUGAGGAUGAACGCUGCUAACAGAGCCCCGGAGGAGGAGGAAGAGGAAAGCAGGGAGAUGGACUGAGGGGAGGAUUAAUUUUACUAUUAUUGAUUAUUUAAUUCAGCAGCUCAAGUUAAAGAAUUUGAUUGAUGUCGGAUGAUUGACGAGUUUUCAGAGUUAUCCCUUGUACAAUCUUGAAUUCUCGACGACCCAGUGACUUGAAUUUUUUACGGAAUUUGUUUUUCAUUCCCAUAUUUACAUAAUGGUAAUGUUAUCUGAACAUUUUAAAGCCAUAUCACCAGUUCUGUUAUUCCAGUAAUUUGUAACACUAUAGCCUUAUAUCAAUAUUUAUUUGAUGCCUUAUCUAUUCCAAUUUGUGAUGA